ACCACAUGAGAUAAAAUAUAAAUAAAUAUUAAUACUACGUAUAAAAUGUAAAUUGAGUCAUGGAAAGAGUGAUUAAAGAGAUUUUGAAAAAAUGAUAAAUGAGACAGUGGUUGUUGUGGUUUCCUGAUCAUCACACUAUAUAACAGAGAGACACUCAGGUAGUGUGACAGAGAGUGUGUGUGUUUUUCACUUUGAGGGACUGGUGUGUGUGCAGAAGAAUCAGUAAUGAUGAAGUGUUUGUAUCUUUUGUCUGUUGUGUUUCACGUCGCUGCAGGCUGUGCUCUCUCUGGUGAUAAACAGGUAGAUAUCACAGGACACAAAGGUGGUUCAGUGCUGUUACCCUGCUCCUGCUCUGACCUGGACACCAAAACUCAGAAAUUCACCUGGUGGACCUACAGAACAGGACCUGGGACAAAAGUGUUAAAUGAUGAACACUACCGUGGCAGACUUCAGCUGUUUAAUCACAUUUCUCCUGCUAAUCUGUCUCUGCUCAUAUCUGACCUGAGAGAAGAGGAUGCGGUAGACUACUGGUGCAGCACUGAGAAGGAACACAGAGACAUCAAGCUUCACGUUAAAGUAGGAAGAAGUGAAACUUCAACACACUCGAGGAAAACAGACACAACACCUCCAUCAAAACCGCCUCAGAGUAAAAUAACAAACUCUCCACCUCCACUAUCCUCAACAACACUGGAACAAGAUAAACAGCAAACACACCCUCUAGUAGGAAGAACAGAAACUUCAACACGCUCGAGGAAAACAGACACAACACCUUCAUCAGAACCGCCUCAGAGUAAAACAACAAACUCUUCACCUGCAUCAUCCUCAACAACACUGGAACAAGUUUUCAUCAUUCUGGCGGUUUUAUUGUUAUUGUUGGUGAUACCCGGUGUAGUGGCAUUUAUCUGUUGGAGACGCAAAGGAGGAAGAUGUGGAGAGAACGUGAUUACUGAAGGACGUCCGGACUGUAAGAGAAAGCAGAAGGAUCAGACUGAACCUGAUGUUAGUUACUCUACUGUAACCCACGUGAACACAGCCGGAGCAGCACGGGUCCAGAUCAACGCUGGAGACAAAACUGAAUAUGCCAGCAUUCUAACAAUCUAAUCCACAGCUGUGAGCUGGUGAAGACAGGGGUAGAGCGUGUGACUGUGUUCACAGGAGAGUCUGUAGUUCUGCCCUGUGUCUGCACUGACCUACAGGACAAACCAAAGGCUGUAAAAUGGGAGUUUUCAGUACCAGCAACUGGAAUCAAUCACUUUCAGGAAAUUUACCCUGAACAGACUGAACAUCACAGAAACAGAGUCAAACUGGUCAGUAACAACGCUCCAGGAAACCUCUCUCUACUCAUAUCAGACCUGACUGAAGAGGACCAGGGACUCUACAGAUGUUCUGUACAGGCUGAUAGCAGAGAUGUCAGAUUAUCUGUUAAAGUAGGAAGAAGAGAAACUUCAACACACUCGAGGAAAACAGACACAACACCUUCAUCAGAACCACCUCAGAUAAGAAGAAGAGAAACUUCAACACACUCGAGGAAAACAGACACAACACCUUCAUCAGAACUGCCUCAGAGUACAACAACAAACUCUCCACCUGCAUCAUCCUCAACAACACUGGAACAAGAUAAACAGCAAACACACAGCAGCCUCCCUCUAGGUGCCAAAACUUUUCAUCAGCAAUGAAAAAAUGCAUCUAUAUUGUUAAAUUUAUUAAUAUUUUGUUGUUUUUUAUUACACAGUUUUCGGCAUUGUGGCAGUUGUACUGUUGGCGAUACCCAGUGUAGUGACAUUUAUUUGUUGGAGACGCAAAGGAGGAAGAUGUGGAGAGAACGUGAUCUCUGAAGGACGUCCGGACUGUAAGAGAAAGCAGAAGGAUCAGACUGAACCUGAUGUUAUUUACUCUACUGUAACCCACGUGAACACAGCCGGAGCAGCACGGGUCCAGAUCAACGCUGGAGACAACACUGAAUAUGCCAGCAUUCUAACAAUCUAAUCCACAGUAAAUAUCUAGAAUAAUACUGAAUACAUACAGUAUAUUAAAUACACACCAUGGUAAGCACAGGAUUCACAAUAUUGGCUUUGUUUAUUUUACUGUGACUUUUUUUUUUAUUUGACCAUUAAUAGCAGAUUUGUGUGCUGAUGGAUAAUCCUGCAAAUUAUAUUUUGAGUGUCUGUGUCAUUUAAUAUCGUUUAUUAUUUUGUAUCAUUUGUUUUUUUUAUUUACAUUAAUGUCAUUUGGUAGACGCCUUCAUCCAGAGCGACUUACAUUUAUCUAAUUUAAACAGCUGAUCAAUUGAGGGUUAAGGUCCUUGCCCAAGAGCCCAACAGUAGUAGCUUGGCAGUGCUGGGGCUUGAACUCCUAACCUUCUGAUCAGUAACCCAGAGCCUUUAACCACUGAGAGAACUCUUAUAUGUUCUAGAAGGAUUUUGUCAUCACCCUGUUUUGUGUAAAUUGUUGUGAAAACAGUCCUUAUAGCAUGUUAAAGGGUGCAUGAUAAUGUGCUUGUUGAGUGUGGAGUAUCACACAGUAUUCUCUGUGCAAGGUACAUCUUUCGUUAACUUUGAGAAAGAGGAAGUAGUCAUUUUCCCAUCAAUCCCCACUGCCCUGCCCUGGUCUUACAGCAGAAACAGCCUCUUACAGCCUCUGACAUGCUGAGUGUCUCACAGUGGCUCUGAAGUACCAUGAGAACACUAGUUAUGAAUGCAAUUGUGGUUUAAUGAACUGCUAAUACCUUUCAGAGGCACGUGUAUGACCUUGCAGCAAAGUCAUAAAGUGACAUGAUUGUAAUUUAGCAUCCUGCAGAAUCUUGUAAAGAGGGCCCUUAAAGGACUCUAGCACAUGUGAGGAGGGGAAUUGCUGUUACACCUGCUGUCAGUCCUUAAUAAUGUCUGCCACUUGUCAGAGUGGCAGUGAACCAGCCUCAUGCUGAUGAAUUGUGCAGCUUGUUCCACUGUGAGACCAAGUGCUGGAAAUAGGCAUUGUGCAUGAACCGCUGACAUGAACCGCUGACAUGAACCAAUCCUGUGGUUGCACGGCAUAGAUUACAUCUGACACCCUUAGCAUUCAGUGUUUUAGUAUGUGAAAAUCUCACUUUGCCUGGAACAUAGGAUCCUCUUUCCAUAAAGAGAAGAAGAGAAGGAAACAUAUGGACUAUGGCUUAUAUACAGCAUGGUGCAGCUAUAGGGUUAAUUAAUUUAUUUAUUAAUUCAUCUUCAGUAACUGAUUUAUCUUGGUCAGCGUCGUCAUGGAUCCGGACUCUAUCUCAGCAACACUGGGCACAAGGUGGGAGAAUUCAGAUGGGACGCCAGUCCAUCUCAGAGCACCAUUCACACACAUUCACACCUGGGGCAAUCAAACAUAGUAAAGCUGCAUGUUUUUGGACAGUGGGAGGAAACCGCACACACAACCACAAGGAGGACAUGCAAAACCUCUGCACAGUCAUUAACAUGGUUUCAUUUUCACCUUUUAAGGAUUUGUAAGGAUCUUGUUGACUGCACAGUCAUAUCUACACACUUUUAUUUUCUGUUCAUGUCAUAUUCUAAGUCUUCCAGGCAUCUCACCAGGUCUAAACAUUUAAGGUAUAAAUGUUUUUAGGUUUUCUUUACAUUAAGUUUCUCACUCUUCUUGGUUUUGCUUGUGCACACACUUCUUAAAUAAUAUAAUAUUC